UGGCGAUUUUAGUUCUCGCUUGACCCUGCUCGAGUUCGGUUCGUUUCGGCAGAAAGCGGGCGUGUUCGGUUCGUUCGUCACCGUUGCGCAGCCCGCAAAUCGAUUCCAAACGUCGUUGUCUCCGCACUGUCCUAGUGGUACCGUAAACAAAAGGGACCUGUUUGUUUUUUUUUUACUGCAACGCUAACAGGGAAGAGGCUUUGUGGGUAAAAAACGAGCGGGUUUCCUGUGCGUCAGUGAGUGAGAAUUUGCACGAAAUCGAAGAUAUUCUGUGUCUAACGUGUUUCAGUUUAGUGUGUGUGUGUGUUUUUACGCAUCUUCGUUUUCCCGCUGGUGGCGCACAGCUUUCGUUCAUUGUGUUUAUCAUGCGCUUGGCACGUGUUGGGAUGGUUUUUUCUUAUUGGUUGUUGUUUAAAUAAAGCUCCGGUGGAAAUAAGUGGUAUUGUGAAGCCUCGCUAGAGAUAGCUUCUGCAUGUCGGGCAGUGUGUAGGAUGAUUGAAAGUGGUGAAAGUAACAAACAAGCUCAACAUUUAUUUUAAAACAAAACUCCAACCAUCGGGUCGGGUGUUUGCCGUUGCCCUUUUGCCGGGGUGGUUGCCGCGAACAGUACCGUUUGGCUGUGGCGUUCGAACAGAUGGAAUUCCGGCACAGUGAUUUAUCGUCCAGCUGCCGAAUGGCAUAAUUUAUGCCUGCAUCCGAAAACCUCCGGCCACGGGUCCGGGAACGACUCGAUGCGCCAUGCUGUGCGGGCUGUUGUGCACUUUGAAAUGCUCCGGAUGCACUUUUCCUCUGUGUGUGCGUGUAUGUGGGAUGAGAAAGAGUGAGUGAGACAGAGAAAGAGAAAGAGAGAGGAGAGAGGUCGUGCACCCAGUUUCCCUAGUGAUGCUGUGAAAUUGUUAUGAUGCUGUGCUAGUUGAUGAGCGCUGACGAGGAAGGUGAUGAGUGGUUUGAAAGAGCCAUAAAUCCUUUCGAACCCUGCAUAGUGAAAACAUACUGUGGGUGUGUGUGAGUGACAAGGGAAAAUAUGUGAAUAACAGAAAAGAGGAAGUUUGGGAAAGCAAAACGGCGAAGUGCAAAAAUUCGUGUACAAUUCGUGUACGAGAUCUGUUUUUGUGUGACAUUCGAAAACGUACGAUUUGACAAAUAUUCUACAUCAAUCUAACACAGAGCGCCAGAGCGGUUGGCUGGUUGGUGCAUCUUCAAUGUGCUGCUGGCAGUCAUAAAGAGCCUCCCGGAUGGAUGGGUGGAAGCAGUGUGUGGUGACGGGGGUGACGUUGUUGCUCGUGCUGGUAGCCACCCAGCUGCCCCCGGUCGGCUCGAACGCCACCGAAACGCGCGGACAGCGGCCGGGUGGUCGCGACCGUUCCACCGGCUCGACCGCCAUAGCGUCCCUCUCGUCGGCAUCGAUAGCGGCCGCCCUAGCCUCGCGUCAAGCUACCGCGGGCAGCGGAAACGGCGGCGGCAGCAGCAGUAACAGUGGCAAUGCCUCGAACGGUGCUGGUAACGGUAACAACGGUGGUGGGGGCAAAUGUAAUAUCGCCCAGUUGCGUUGUGCCAACGGGACCUGCAUACCGGCGUCGAAAUUCUGCGACGGCAACUUCGAUUGCCUUGAUAAGAGCGACGAGCCGAAAGCUUGUACAGCAUGCAACCGCACCCUGCACGGUGAGGCCGGAAGAACGUACGAGCUGCAGAUACAAAACCCCCACGGCGUGUAUCCAUUCGUGUGUCACCUAAACUUUACGGCCACCGGUGGCCUCUACGGCGACAUUGUGCAGCUAAAUCUAGCCAAGUUCAGCAUCGGAAAGUUUGUCGAAAACUAUCACGACGCCAAACAACACGGCGAGUGUACGGAGGGGUUCAUGACGAUCAGCGAACAGGGGCUGCCGAAUCUGGACGGUCGAUGGUGCGGAACGGCUUCCGGCUACACGAUAUACUACAGCGAGACAAAGUCGGUCAACGUGACGCUACGGCUAGACAAGCAACCGCCGGCCAGUGGCAGCGUGUCGAAUGGGUUCGAAUUUCGGCUCAUCUACAAGUUCCUGCGGCACAGCGACGCAAAGCUAAGGAACGACAACCGGAUAUGGAACGGAGAUCUCGUCCCCGGGAGCUACUGCAAUCGGAACUUUUAUGACUGCGACAAAAGGACCUGCCGGAUACGAUCGCCCAACUAUCCCGGCAUUUAUCCACGCAAUUUAACAUGUAAAUAUUAUAUUAAUCAUCGGGCGCCCCCGAGCGGUCUGCACGCGAUGAUCGUCCUUCGGCAGCCGGACGGGCAUAAAUUAAACAUGAAGGAGCAGGCGACACACCACGAGGCGAACAACCGGAUUUUAAGGAGCUGGGAGCAGUGUGACGAGGCACAGGACUAUCUGAGCAUUUACGACGGCGCGGCACCGGAAGCACCGACCAUUGGGCGCAUUUGCGGCGGAGACGUCCUGCCGGAUAUCGUAUCGAGCGGUCCGGAGAUGCGUGUCGAGUUCCACACGUCCCCGUACGAUGUGCCGUUCCAUCCGAAUCCGGUCACCUUCCUGCCCGGCUUCGAGCUGGAAGUGCACGUUCUGUACGUCAACUCCAACUCUCAGUCGUACAUCCGGCAGCCGGGCCGGUGCGAGUUCAUUGUCAGUGCGUUCGAGAGUCAAACGGGGGAGCUGGAGAGUCCGCAGCACACGCUACCACCGGAAAGCUCCUGUCUGUACCACUUCCAGGGCCGACGGCACGAAACCGUGUGGGUUUCCUUUAUCAAGUACCAUUCGGCCAUCGAUCCGACCGGGUUCGAGUCACCGGCCGAGUGCGUGACGCAGCUACGCAUCUGGGACGGGCGAUGGUCGGUGACUUCGCGUCCUUACGGUGCACCGCCGGAGUACCAGCGCAAUGCGAGCUUGAUCGAGCAGAUCUGUCGCGAGGAGGUGCCGAGACUUUGCUCCCGUUCGCUGGUAGCGAAGGGGAGUAGGCCAUGCUCAACGCAAGAGAGCUAUCUGUCGACGGGCUCCGACCUAACGAUCGAGUAUCGGCCCAGCCCAAUCGGUACGGCACGGCUUUACGGGCCAGCGUCCGCGUUCAAGCUACGCUACGAGUUUGUGGACAAUUCACUCGGAGGAGCUCCUCUGGAGCCACUCGUAGCUCCAUCCGCCAUGCCAGAACCGGCCGCACUCGUACAGUUCCACCCGAAGUCGUGCGAUCGUGUCUUUCGCUCUUCGUCCGCGUCGCGCGGCAUCUUUCGAUCGCCCUCGAACGUGUUCAUGUACGGUCGGGGAGGCUCGCCGAACAUUUCCUGCAUUAUUCGGUUCGAAGCGAGCGGCGGUGAGAGUGUCAGGUUAACGAUCACACGGGCACGCUUUGGAGGGAGAUCUUGUCAGAAUUUGCAAAACCGUUCGGGUCGUUGGCACUGCAACCAUCACGGUGGUCCGGUAUCCGACCUGCGCAUCAGUGAGGUACCGUGGACGGAUGUAUCGCCCCUACCGCGUGACUGCCUGUGUUCGGACGUGUCCGGCUCGAUUACGCUCGCCCCACUAGCGGCCAGCAUUGUGGAGGUGAAGUUCACCACCCUGCAGAUGGAAGUGGAUCAGGACUUCCGGGACUUUUACUUCGAGGGACGGUACGAGUUCGCACGCGACGGAUGCGAAACCGAUUGGUCCGAGCGGCGUCUUCGGGGACGUAGCGGCGAUGCCUACCUGAAACCGACGCCAUGUCCUGCGCUGAUACAACCCUGGCUGCUGGAGCCCGAAACGGAUAGUAGCUACCUGGUGCUGAAGCUGAAAGGCUUCUGGAUGCCACCGUUGCUGCAAUCGGCACCGCCCUGUCCAACGGACGCCCGCAUCACGGUGUACUCCACGAACAAUCCGAAAAACUCGCGCGAUCUUUGCCCCUCCGGGCCGGACGUGGUGGCGUUCUCGGAUGGUUGGGAUCGGGCGUACGAGUUUAGCGCGAUGGAGAUCUCCAAGAGUCUUAUCAUUGAGUUUAAGAGCCCUCGCCGACCGCCGCUCGAGCUGAUCGAGUACAAGUUCUCGUGGAUGGAGAUCUUCCCGGCGCACGACUGUCCGCAUCGCUGCCAGGAGCUGCAGGCCUGCAUCCCGGCGGAGCUGUGGUGCGAUGGAAAGGUGCACUGUCCCUCCGGUCAGGACGAAAGCCCUACGGAGUGCGAUCUACGGUUGCCCCUGUCGCCACUGCACGUUGGUCUAGCAGCGGCCACGCUCACGCUAGUCCUGUCGCUAGCCGCCGGCCUGACCGCCUGUGCACGACGCAAACGGGGCGAGAAGAAGCACCUGCAAGCGGUCCACCUGGAUACGGCUGGGCGGGGUGUCGGGUAUGGGCCGCCGCUUCCGCACCACGGCGGGGCAGGCUAUCCGCACGCCAACCAUCACCUGUCGUCCAGCCAUGCCCUGACGCCCCUCUACCUGGACCCGUCGAAGGACAGCUUCUGUUGACAGGAGCUGGAGACUUCGGUGUAGCCAAUGCCGAAGUCGUCGCAGGACUUUUACUACUUCGCGUUCAACGCCGGCACCGGCACCAACACGAGCAGCUGUUGAGUGGUCGGAGCUGCUGAACGGUCGCGAGGUGCACACAAGCCCGGUGGCGUUACCGAUCGCGAUACUUCGAGCGAACGUACUUCAAGCCAUGGUGAUAUUUGACGCACACGUAGAGCAGGUAGAACGUGUGCGUAUUUAAAAUCCCCCUUUAUCCGCACCCUCCCGGUUAGUAGGAAAAGGAAUUGUUUUAGCAACAUAGCAACAUAGCGUGCUCGAUGUAGCAUUUAACCCGACUACGUCGUGGCAAGGCGAGCGGCAUAUAGCACACACAUACACAAACACAGGUUGGUUUUUAAUUGUGACAAUCAGUUGAGACAGUUGACAAUUCUGCUAGCCUCCCCCAAUCCUAGGAGAAGUUAGCUUGUCAUGGGACUGGAGGCGAGCAGGCGCAACAAUACCCCCGCGUGCGGAAGUGAAGCAAGAAAAGGAUUUGAAUGUUGUACAUUUGGAAAUUACUAGUAACUAAAAUGGUUGUGAUGGCCAGUGUAAGAAAUUAAACACAAACGAAAAGCGUGCUUAAACGCUAUUUUGAAAGGGAAUUAAACGUUUUACUUUUCCUUUUUGCUUUAACUGCAGCAGGCCUAUUGCGACGGUUUGUAUGAAGUUAGUUUGUUUAAAUUCUGCCAAUGACAAUGAAAAGUGUUAUUAUUUGAAAUAUUUUAUCUCAUUUCAAACAUAUUAACAGAAAUUAUGAAAAGCAGGACUUUUUUAAAGAAGAGCUCCAGUUGAUUUCACAGCGAUGAAAGGAGGGAUAUGUCGCAUUUCAGUGUAGCUUCAGAAAAGAACAAACUCUAUAGCGCAGACAAGUGUUAGCAUACAUCAAUUCCACUGUACAUAGAAGCUAUGCAAAUGAGUUGCUGAACAAAAAAAAAGCCCAUUACAACAGCUCUUCUAGCUUCGUUCGCUUUUAAUGGAUUGAUUUGAGUAAGCAAAACUACCCACACCAUUGUACAAAGAGAUAAUACUUUUAUGAAAAUGAUAUGUUUUCUGUUUAACUAUCUCUAUCUUUGCGAGAAGCAAAUAAAGAAAACAACCCGAACAUAAAACAAACCCAAUUGCAUGAUAAGAAAUACACUCACAGAAAUAGGGCCACAAAUGUGGUAAAAAUUGAUACAUUCAAACUCAACAUACAGAAACACGCAACAAACAAAAAACUCCCCUUGAAAUGCAAACCUUUUCUCAAAUCGUCAAAUGAUAAUGUGAUUCUCAGUAGUUAAGCAAGGAAGAAAGAAAAGAAAAACAGAUAAAGAAAGAAGAGGAAAAGGAGGAAACACAAGAA